UAAUAUCAUUUUCAUUUCCCUGAACUAAUGUCAUUUUGACAUUUUCGUUUCUUUUCCUUUCCGGUCUCGUUCGUUAAUAAAAUGACGAAAGGUACAUCUAGUUUUGGUAAGAGGCAUAAUAAAACACAUACCCUGUGUAGGAGAUGUGGCCGUUCAUCGUACCAUAUUCAAAAAUCACAAUGUUCCAGAUGUGGUUACCCAUCAGCUAAAUUACGAUCAUAUAAUUGGUCAAUCAAAGCCAAAAGGAGGAAGACCACUGGAACUGGUCGUAUGCGUUAUUUAAAAGUUGUAAGACGGCGUUUUAGGAAUGGAUUCCGUGAAGGAACACAAGCUAAACCAAGAAAAACUACAUAAAUUAAAUAGUUUGGUAUGCAAAAUAAAGAAGUGAAUGUUUAACAGAAAA